AUGUCCAGCUUUCAACCAAUCAACCCAAAGCCCUUCAUAAAAUCACUAAUAGGGCAGGAGGUAGUCGUUAGACUAAAAUGGAACAAGACAGAAUACAGAGGGCAAUUGAUGUCAACUGACAAUUACCUCAAUUUACAGCUAGAUAACACGUUUGAGAUUAUAUACGAUAGUGAAGACAAAUUUCGUGAAGAAGAGAUUGGAAGCAUAUUCAUAAGGUGUAACAACGUGUUGUUUAUAAGAGAGUACAAGAAUGAAGGAACUGAGAAUAAUAAAGUACCGGUAACUGAGAAAUCAGCAAGUGUUGAGGAAGCGGACAAGAGCAACAAUGGUGAAGUGGGUGCUAGUGGUGAAAUUGAAGUCGCAAAGGUAGAGUUGAAGGAGGCUGAAAUGGAGGGAUAA